AUGCCACCCAAAAAACACACCUCAACUUCCAAGGAAGAAAAUAAGGCAGCAUCGAAUAAGGAGGUCAAAGACCAACCUGAAGACGCAGUAGAAGACAAGGAAGAUGUCGGAUCGAAGCGAAAGCCUGAUGAAAAGACAGAAGAACCACCACAAAAGAAAGAAAAGACAUCGGCUGUCGGGGAAGAUAUUGUAAAAGACAAAUCAGAAUCAGUGGAUGAAUCAAAGAAGGCUCAUAGUCUUGAAAAAGGACACAUCUACUUCUUUUAUCGUCCCAAGGUGGACGCGGAUGAAGUCGGCAGCAUUGAUGAUGUCCAAAAGGCGUACAUGAUUUUGAAGCCUUAUUGGUCGUCGGACGCCAAACGUAGCCCCACGCUGAUUGUGCUUGGCAAAAAGAAAUUACCCCAGGUCGAACAACAUGCCAGAUAUUGGGGUUUUGUGGGUAAAACGUCCUCCAAUAUUGACGAUGUGGUGGGUGCAUUGAAAGAAUCGACCUAUUCGACGAAAACCAAAGGAGAGCGCACCAUUCAAGCCGCUCGUCCCAUGGGUGAGGGCGUCUACACAAUCACGUCUCACAACGGACACUCGCAUUUGGCCUACAUUCUCACGUUGCCUGAAGAACCUACCAAAGUUCAAGACGCUUUCAACAUUGAGAAACAAGCCAGCAUUGUACUGAAUGUCAAGAACCCAAAAAAAUCAUCACCGCCGGGAUCUGGAUUAAGUGGUAAUGAAAAGGCGGAAUUUCCAGACAAGCUGCAAAAGGCAUUUUCCGAUCGUCGUUUUGUCGCUAUGGAGACCACGGAUUUCCUCAAUUACGAUUAUUGCGAGCUUGUCAUGAUUGGGGCCACGGAGGAUCUUGAUAAAGAGCUGGGCAAAACAGCCAAGGAUUUGGAAAAGAUGGAAGAAAAGGACGAAGACCAUGUAGACUAUGUUGGUGUGGACAAGGUCGUUUUUAAGGAUCUUCAUCUGGAAGCGGAUCAGAAUCCCGUAGCGCCUCUCAAAGAAUGGAAAUAA